ACAUACCACAUUACGUACAGUUGUGAAUGGAAAAGGAGCAAGAUGACGGUAGUGCGAUAUUUAACCCCGGAGCAGCUAGUAGGAUUUGAAAACUAUAAGGACAGGGCUUCCUAUCUACUGUAUGUCGGACAUUGUGUCUUCACCCUGAACUGAACAAGUGUAAGGCACAGAAGCCAUCGUCGCCAGCACUCAGUAAAGAAUGAACAAGAUAUUAUAUUAAAAAUAUUUUAACCUGACCACAUGCCAUCCCUGACCUAAUAAUUAAGCAGGGGUCACAUGCUUGUCAGCUUGUUUGUUAUAAGCCCUUGUUUACGUGAUAAUUUUGUGGUUUAUGAUACUUGUUUUAAAAACAGAAAUGCAAAGUACAUACACAUACAGAUGCACUGUAUAACAACAACAACAACAAUAAUAAUAAUAAAAUAAUAAGAAAUAAUAUAACAGUAAUAAUAACUAUGGGCAUCAACUAUCAAUGAAGUGGGUGUACGUCAAUAUUAAAGUGGAUACAAGUUGUCUCAGUACAGUGCACAAGACACAAGCCCUCUCAGCAACUAUGUUAUGCAUCCAUUUUGGAAUGCUGUUGUAAAGAUAUGUCCACGAUGGAUAGCUCCGAAUGUUCUCACAUUUGUGGGCUUCUUGUUUACUGUUGGGAAUUUUGUUCUCCUGGCUGUGUAUGACUAUAGUUAUUAUGCCUCUAGUGAUGAACCUCCAGCAGACCAAUAUCCACCUAUCCCAAACUGGGUAUGGUUUGCCUGUGCAUUCAAUCAUUUUAUGGCACACACUUUAGAUGGAAUAGAUGGAAAACAAGCAAGGAGGACUGGGACAAGUGGCCCACUGGGAGAGCUCUUUGAUCAUGGGUUAGACUCUUGGUCGACCUUCUUUAUCCCAGCAUGCAUCUGGUCUGUAUUUGGCAGAUUAGAUUACAGUAUUUCCCCACUCAGGUUUUAUUUUGUUUUAUGGAAUGUUAUUCUCUGUUUCUACACAUCUCACUGGGAGAAGUACCUGACCAAGAUUUUGUUCCUACCAUGGGGAUAUGAUAUAUCCCAAAUGCUGAUAUUCGUGAUUUAUUUAAUAACGGGAUUUGGGGGGCAGAACAUUUGGAAGUUUAAGAUAUUUUGGGGGAUUUCUUCAGGAGCCAUGUUUGAAUUCAUGAUGUAUGCUGGCUCUCUUGGCACAUCUCUGCCCAUGUCAUUUUGGAACAUUUACAAGUCCUACAGAGACAAAACUGGGAAGAUGCUGGGUGUGUGGGAGUCCAUACGGCCUUUGUUCACUCCCAUUGUAUUCUUUACCUUCUCCACUAUAUGGGUAUAUCAUUCAUCUACAGACAUUAUCAAUAAGAAUCCAAGGAUGUACCUCUUCAUGGUUGGCACAAUUUUUGCGAAUGUCAAUUGUCGAUUGAUCGUAUCACAGAUGAGUAGCACACGAUGUGAAUUUAUUAACUGGCUGAUUCUACCUCUUGCCUUGUCUGUGGUGAUAGUGUUGGUGUUUCCCAGUCUGGAGAUGGCUACCCUGCUUGUUAUGAGUAGUGUUGCCACUGUGGCUCACAUUCAUUAUGGUGUUUAUGUGGUACGUCAGAUGUGUGAGCAUUUUCUCAUUAAGUGCUUCACCAUUAAAGAUCGAGCCGAUUGACUACUCGCCGACAGUGCGUAAGGAAUUUGUGGAUGGCUGCCCUCGGAACCAAUGUGAAAUUGAAAAUUUCUUUGUCUUUGACUCAAGGUAUCACUGAAGCUAACACUACUGUUGAUGGUAAUGUUUAUAAAGUUUUGUAUGGCAUACAUGGAGUCUGUGCAUAUCAUGAAUUUCUAUAAGAAUUUAUAUUAUGAAAGAUAUAAGAACAAAACUUAUAUCACUCCAGGGUUCCCUUUAGUGAUAUAAGGUAGACCUAUUAUACUUAUUUCCAAAUAUGAAUGUGGCUAUUUAUAGGAUUUUAUGAUUAAAUAGAUGAGGGAGUUGACAAUACAGGUAAUUUUUAUCUUUUCAAAGGAAUGCUCAACUUUAGAAGAACAAAUCAGGUUUGUUGGAAUAUAGUUGAGAGAUGGACAUUUUUAUUUAUUACGUGAUAAAUGCGAAUUAUACUCUUUGUUUUUGAGGGUAGGUAAUUGAAUAGUGUACAACAUACCUGAUGAACAUGACAAUAAAACUUUAGUUAGCAGGUGGGAUAACUCUGCGCAUUGUUUGAAUUGCCUAUGCAGUUAGUUGUUGCGUGCGUGUAGCUAAUGUUCGAUGCAGUACUAUAACAGGCUGGCUUGCUUACUAAUGUGCACUAGUGACAGAUGCUCUUAACUCUGUGCUGCUUCCUUAAUGCUCUUUUACCUUUAUAGUCCCUCAGUGACAACCCUUAAAGACUGUUAUGUAGUAAUGUUAGGGUUACAUUGUACUUGCUGUGAUGAGUGGGCCUUGGUACUCUAUUUUCAUUUGUUGCUUUGUGCCUUGAGUUGUGUGUCUUGCAGGUUAAUUGGAUAAUGUAAGGUGCAAUAAUACUGAACUAUUCCUAUAAUCAAUAUUUGUUUCCCACUCUGAGUGAUGUUAGAUCCUUGUACAGUACAUGUACCAAAUCAUGUAAAGAAAUGAACAGAAUAUUGCUCAUUAAUAUGAUAAAAUUAUUCAACUUGAUAUAUACAGAUUCAACACCAAUCUCUUUAAUGUACAAAGACUAAAGACUACUUUAUCUGUAAUUUCAGAUAAAUAACAUUAAGUUUAAAUAUUUGGAAAGAUACUGUAGCUUGUUUUAGCAAUGUACAGUAGUGUGAGUUUGCUGGUAAAAACUUCUAUUUGUUUAGUCGUUAUUCUUUUCAGUAUGAUAGUUGAUUUAGUGAUGUGUGAAUUUUUUUUAGGGUGAAUCAUUUCUGUAUUGAAAUUAUGAUAGCAACAUUUUCACACUAGGGUAAGCUCUUAGUAGGCAGAUAUGCAGGAAUCUUAUACUAAUGAAUAGUAAAUGGUAAAUGCUCUUCCUUCGGAGUCUCUACUUUUAUCACAGCUCAAGGAAUACAUUUUGUGUGUGUUGAUACCAUCUCACAUGAAAAUAGGAGGUCUUAAAAAGUACAAUCAAUAGUUGUACCUCUUCAGGGGCAACGUUGCUAAGAUGUUAUUGUUGUUUGUGUUACGGAACCAAGAGUCCAUUGUUAUUUAUGCAUCUCAUUGUUUAAGCAGGAAUGAUUUUUGACAUCCUAGAUGACCAAUUUUAAUGUCUGAGAAUUUGCAGUGAUUAUCAUUCACAGCUGGAGAAGUUAAUGAAUUGCAUUUUCAAGUUUUGUAAAUUGUACAAAUUAAAUGUUAGACACCAUUAGAUUGAGUCUCUAGGGUGAGUCUUUACGUGUAUUGUGCAGUCGUGGUUGUUAUCACACGCUAUCGUCAGUUUUUACAUUUCAUUAUUUCUUUAUAAAUAUUUUUCCCUAUUUUGCUUCUUUUGGAAAUAAACCUUAAUGGAAUCUUUCUAGGCAGAAAGUUUAUGAAGCAGCAUUUUUCACGUUAGGAAACAAGAGUAGGAACAAUGGUGAAGUGCAUCAUAUGUGUAUGAUUAUGGGUUAUGGCAUGUACACUACUUCACUGUUUACAAUAAACACCCUCACCACAACUCUA